GAGUCGGCAGUCUGGAAGCAGCUCAAGGCGGACAAGGCGAAGCGCCAGGCUGCUCAGGAGGCGCAGUCAGUGGCACAGCCAGAAGGCGGAGCCGCGGGUGCCGAGAAGGAUCUGAAGGGGCUUAAGAAGAGCCAGAAGAAAGCCGAGAUGAUCAAAAUGAAAGCCCCGAGAGCAGACCUCGUCAUCGACGAAGAGAACGACGUGGAGUUCCUGCGCCACCCUCGCGAGACCAUCGAGUACAUGGCGAAGAUCGACUCGACGAGGCACGGCGACAUCGCGUCCUCCAAGGACCUUGCUAUCCGUGGCUGCCCGAUGGGCUCUGUGGAGCUUAUGAAGGGGGGGGGGGGGGGCAAGUCCAAGCUGAACGGGUUCUCGGCACUUCGCAAGAUGGCCAUAGCCGCGCUGCGCAAGAACGCGAACUUGGCGCCGAGGGCGUCUGAUCCAGAUUUCCCUGAUGGCGAACAACCGGGGACUGUUGAAGAGCAGGCUGCCUUGGCGACGGCGGCUAUCGAGGACAAGACGAUCGCAUGGGCUACCGCGGGCGAGAAGGCAGAGGAGUACACCUCGCAGAUUGCAGCGAGUAAGGACCACUUCGUCGAGAACAGCAGCAUGCUCCCCAUCAUGGGUCGCAUGUGCGCUGCGAGGGCUUUGAGCAACGCGAUGGGCAGGGCCGCUGAGAUUAUGCAGAAGCAGGCGGUCUUCGAGUCCUUGAAGGAGGCGGCGCUCGCUAUUGCCCAGGCUGCCAUUGAGGAGGUGCGCGUGGUGAUUCUACCAGAGUGGGACAUCAUCGUAGACUUCAUCGCCAAGGCAAUGGCGCAGGACAAGCUAGGCGACCUCGCGCUCACCGGCUGGAACAGCCUGUUCAAGCUGGACAACAACAACUUGUCCAACGGCUCCGCGGGCGCCAGCAAGCCCGUGCACUGGGAGACUUGGGCCGCGGCAUGGAUUGAGGAGUCCUUCAGUUGCUACGACGUGGCAGUCGCGGCCGAUGGGCUCGCCUACAAAGUGAAGAAGAUGAAGCACUUCGUCAAGAACGACAUCAAGAAGGAGCUCAAGGUAUCUGCACAGGUGGACGUCUUCAUGAACGAGAAGAACAAUAUGGUGAAAGAGAUCAUUGAAGCGAUGGGCGCGGAGCACGCGGCGGAGUUAGCCUCCGAAGCGGUUCAAUCGGCUCCGACGCAAAUGAUAUUGAACCGAGUUGCGCUGCAGACCCAGCCGGCGUUGAAGGAGAAGGGGCCCAGGUCGGAGAAGAAGAAGGAUGAGAAGGCCAUCCGUGACGGUCAAAAAGCAACGAGUCUGACAAGAAGGCUGUGGAGCCGCCCUUGCUGCGAGAUUGGUUCACGGAGGUCCAAGAGCGAGGAGUCCGCUGUGACCAGAUGGACCUCGGAGCUCAUGAAGAAGGUGAUCAACGCCGCGGUGUCGGAGAAGAUUGCGCGGGUGAUGUUGACCGAGGGCCCAUGCCCCGCAGGCUGCAACCUGGCACUCGACAUUAAGGAGGGGGAGACAGCGAAGGACACGAAGAAGACUUCAGUGGAUAUCAUUCGCAAGAACGCCCCCAACGCCACCGAGUGCAGGCUCCCGUGCUGGGGGAAGGUCGUGGACGACAGCGUUGCCCAGCACUUGCCGAGGCAUUCGGUCAUGCAGCUGAAGCUUGCGAGCGGAGACGGGCCAGACCUCUGGCUCGACGGGGCUCAGUUUCAGAACGUUAAGCGCAGCGACUUCUGCCCAGCGUGGCUCUUCUCGCACGUGCAGCCCUCGGACAAGGACAAGGGCGCAGAUGUGCAGGAGCCGCCGAAGAAGAAGGGGCGGAAGUCGGCUCAGGGAGUCAAGUACGAGCCUCACGACACGCACGAAGUUCACUACGAGCCGAUGCCGAUCGAGAUCACCGUGAAUGGCGAGGCCCACAUCCUCGACUACACCAGGCCGUACCUGAAGGACGUCACGGGCGAGCGCAAGGAUGUGCACGGCAUCCCGUGCCACCGCAGGGCGGUGGGCAGCGAAGAGAUGGACAUCAAGAAGAAGGCCAGGGCGCCUAUGGGCGCCUCUGGCUCUGCAGCCCACUAA